GCGUCUAAGGUGGGCGGAGCCACGGCUGUAGGUGCGGCGAGGCGUUCGAGCAGCUAUUCGUGGACGUUGAGGAAAAUUUUCUGAUAUAGCCACUCAAAACAUCAGCUCAGCGGCGAGGGAGACGGGUAGUACGGAUCCGUGAAGGGUUUAUAACAGCUAAGUAUUUGUCCAGAUUAAAUUAGGACGGCGAUUAUCACAGUAUCGCAGUUAGAAAUUGUAUUUACAUAACCAGCUUUCCCGGUAUUCACGGCGGGGAGCAGCCGGUCUUGCCACGGUGUCUUGUGGCCGUUAGCACAGCUGUCUCAAUUUACGGACCAUUUCAUUACUCUGUUUAUCAGUUUUACUCCAGUAGAGUCUCUAGCGCAGGCAUAUUGACGCGUUUUAGUGCAUGUGUAUUUUUAUAUGCAUUUUUCACCUUUCAGAAAAACAAGUUAUACAACAAACCGGGCUACCGCUCCUCAGCGAAUCAGGUCCUAAAGCCCGCCGGGUUGGCUGUCACAUUGCCGGAGAGCGCGCACUGUCUUGUGCACAAAUGAUUCAGCAGCCAUCAGUUUAUAAAUUCUUCGACAUAAUGGAAAAGGUUCUGUUAGAGCAAGGCUAAUUAAAGAGUUGGACCACAUUACUGAAAAACAAAGGACUUCGUAAAUUUGGAUUCCCUGUGGCCUUGUUUUUCUCGUGUUUUUCUUUCUUUGACAUAGCUCACGUGAGUGGGGAUAAAAGUGGAGUGAGCACAAAAAGACUUGAUAUCAUACAAAAAGGAAAUAAAAGGACUCGUCCAGUUGAGUAAUGGUCAUUAAUACGAUCCACUGGUUCAGGAAGGGCUUGCGGCUCCACGACAACCCGUCGCUCAAGGAAGCUCUGCUGGGAGCGGACACUGUCCGCUGCAUCUACAUCCUCGACCCCUGGUUCGCGGGAUCGUCCAACGUUGGGAUCAACAGGUGGAGGUUCUUACUGCAGAGUCUUGAAGACUUGGACUCCAGCCUCCGCAAGCUCAACUCUCGUCUGUUUGUGAUACGGGGCCAACCCACUGAUGUCUUUCCCAGACUUUUCAAGGAAUGGAAGAUUAAUCGUCUAUCUUAUGAGUACGACUCUGAGCCCUUUGGAAAGGAGCGAGAUGCAGCUAUUAAGAAGCUGGCCUCUGAGGCUGGAGUGGAGGUGACAGUUCGCACCUCCCACACACUCUAUGACCUGGACAAGAUCAUAGAGUUGAAUGGGGGUCAGUCCCCUCUUACCUACAAGCGGUUCCAGACCCUUAUCAGUCGUAUGGACGCAGUGGAGGUGCCUGCAGAGUCCAUCACAGCUGAGAUCAUGGGAAAAUGCACUACGCCGCUGACAGAAGACCAUGAUGACAAGUUUGGGGUCCCCUCCCUGGAGGAGCUCGGUUUUGAUACAGAGGGCCUGUCCUCAGCUGUGUGGCCGGGGGGAGAGACUGAAGCCCUCACACGACUCGAGAGGCAUUUGGAGAGGAAGGCGUGGGUUGCCAACUUCGAGCGUCCCAGGAUGAACGCCAACUCUCUGCUCGCCAGCCCUACAGGCCUCAGCCCGUACCUGCGCUUCGGCUGCCUCUCCUGUCGCCUCUUCUACUUCAAACUUACCGACCUCUAUAGGAAGGUGAAGAAGAACAGCUCCCCUCCUCUCUCACUCUACGGUCAGCUGCUCUGGCGCGAGUUCUUCUACACGGCAGCCACCAACAACCCGUGCUUCGACAAGAUGGAGAACAACCCCAUCUGCGUUCAGAUCCCCUGGGACCGCAACCCCGAGGCGCUGGCCAAGUGGGCGGAGGGCCGGACCGGCUUCCCCUGGAUCGACGCCAUCAUGACCCAGCUGAGGCAGGAGGGCUGGAUCCACCACUUGGCCAGGCACGCCGUGGCCUGUUUCCUGACCAGAGGAGACCUGUGGAUCAGCUGGGAGGAGGGCAUGAAGGUAUUUGAGGAGCUGCUGUUGGACGCUGACUGGAGUGUGAAUGCAGGCAGCUGGAUGUGGCUCUCCUGCAGCUCCUUCUUCCAGCAGUUCUUCCACUGCUACUGCCCUGUGGGUUUUGGCCGACGUACAGACCCCAAUGGAGAUUACAUACGGCGCUACCUGCCCAUUCUGAGAGGCUUUCCAGCCAAGUAUAUUUAUGACCCCUGGAACGCUCCGGAGAGUGUGCAGAAGGCAGCCAAAUGUAUUAUUGGAGUGCAUUACCCAAAGCCCAUGGUACACCACGCAGAGGCCAGCCGUCUCAACAUCGAGCGAAUGAAACAGAUCUACCAGCAGCUCUCCUGUUACAGGGGCCUCGGCCUUCUGGCUAUGGUUCCCUCCAACUCCAGUGGUAAUGGUAAUGGGAAUGACAGUGGUAACAAUGAAACGUCCUCAGAAGUGAUGGGAUACCACGCAGAGGCUACACAUGAUGCUACAGCUUCAUCUGGCUACCAGAUGCCGGUUCACUACCAGGGAGACUGGCAAAGUGGUGUCAUGAUGUACCCGCAGGGGGAUCCACAAACCAGCGUCAGCACACACCAGCAGGGUUAUGCAAGCACCAGCUCCAGUAUGAUGUGUUACACUCAAGGCAUCCAGCAGAUUCCUGCCCCUGUCAUUCAGAAAGGCCAUGAUCACCACUCCACCAGUCAGACCAGUGGCAAACGACACAGUGAGGAGCCUGGAAAUGGCAAAAGCUCCAAAGUCCAGAGACAGAGCAGUCAUUAGAGAGGAGUAUCUGCUGACUUGCCGCGUACAAGACUUACAUUUUUGUUAAAGCACUACAGUGUUGCAUGAUCACACCUUCGGGAGGAGCAUAAAAACCUGCCACUAAACACAUUCACAAGUAAAAGUUUCUCAAGUAAUCGGACUGUAUGUAUAUUAUAAUCAUGUGGACUGCACGGCCUGGCCAGUGCUGACAUCACUGGAGAGGCUGUUACACUGUGUUUAUCUUUGGGUUAAUAUUGCUGGGACAAAACUGUCCUUGUGUAUAUAAUGAAUUUGCUAAUUUCAGCUCACAUACAAACUUGUACAUAUUUGGAUAUUGUAUGUGUGUUUUCUCUCUUUGUGUAGCCAUAGACCCAUUGAUAUAUUUUUGAUAUGAGAAAUCAUUGUGGAUGGAUCUGUGUUUUUGGAAAAUUUUCAAUAAAAAUGAAAGCACUUAUAGACCGUCCAAUUCAAAAAAGGUGAGAAAUCUUGUAUCUGCUAAUACAGUCGCCUGUCCUGUCAUUUACCCUCAGUUUUCUCCUUUGAGCCAUCCAGUGUAUCUACCAACACAAGUGUUUCGAUCAUUUCCUUAAUCUGAGUACUAGCUGGCUCGUUUUAUUCCUUACCACUGCAGAGGCGAUGUCAGUGUGAUGUUAACUGUCAACUUUUUGCCCUUGUCAAUGAUUUUGAGAAAACAUGACAGGAAUAAAGAGUCUUCAUAUCAUGGUGUACCCCCCACCCCACCCCUGUGUAUUUCCAAUAAAUGUACCACUGGAGAGAAACUG